AUGCUUAGAGCAUUCAGAACAGCAAUUCCCCGGGCCCGCGCCCACCGGGCGUUAGCGUUGGCACAAACACAGCGUUUGACCUCGGCCCGUUUCUUGGCCACGGACUCGUUUCUCCAGCUGAACUCCAGCAACUACGUCGAGGAGAUGUACGAGGCCUGGCGCCAGGACCCCAGCAGCGUGCACGUGUCGUGGAACGCCUAUUUCAAGAACUUGGACAGUGGCGCUGCUCCCUCUGCCGCUUUCACCGCUCCACCAACCCUUGUUCCCGUCCCCACUGGCGGCGCUGGUGUUGGGUUCAACCCAGGGGCCCAGCCUCACAGCGAGGAUGUGGUGACCCACUUGAAGGUGCAGCUCCUUGUGCGCGCGUACCAGGUGCGUGGCCACCAGAAGGCCCAGAUCGACCCCUUGGGCCUCAGUUUCGGCACCCUGGGCCACGUUCCCGUCGAGUUGACCUUGGAGCACUACGGCUUCUCGGAAGCCGACAUGGACAAGCAGAUCACGCUUGGUCCUGGUAUCUUGCCCCGCUUUGCUGAGGAGGGCAAGAAGGCCAUGUCCUUGAAGGAGAUCAUCGCUGCCUGCGAGAGGUUGUACUGCUCAUCCUACGGUGUCGAGUACAUCCACAUUCCUUCCAAGGAGCAGUGUGACUGGUUGCGUGAGAGAAUCGAGAUCCCACAGCCAUUCAAGUACUCUGUCGACCAGAAGCGCCAGAUCUUGGACCGUUUGAUCUGGUCCUGCUCGUUCGAGUCCUUCUUGGCCACCAAGUUCCCUAACGACAAGCGUUUUGGUCUUGAGGGUGCCGAGGCCAUCAUUCCCGGUAUGAAGGCCUUGAUCGACACUUCUGUCGAGAACGGUGUCGAGGACGUUGUCAUCGGUAUGCCUCACAGAGGUAGAUUGAACAUGUUGUCCAACGUUGUGCGUAAGCCCAACGAGUCCAUCUUCUCCGAGUUCACUGGCUCCAAGGAGUUUGACGAGGGAAGUGGUGAUGUCAAGUACCACUUGGGUAUGAACUACAAGAGACCUACCACCUCCGGAAAGCAUGUCAACUUGUCUCUUGUGGCCAACCCUUCGCAUUUGGAGGCCGAGGAUGGUGUUGUCUUGGGUAAGACCAGAGCCAUUCAACAGUACAAGAACGACAUUGGUGAGUACCAAAAGGCCAUGCCCAUCUUGUUGCACGGUGACGCUGCCUUUGCUGCCCAGGGUGUUGUCUACGAGACCAUGGGUUUUGCCAACUUGCCAGCAUACUCUACUGGUGGUACUGUCCACAUUAUCAUCAACAACCAGAUCGGUUUCACCACUGACCCUCGUUCCGCCAGAUCCACCUUAUAUCCUUCGGACAUUGCCAAGUCAAUCAAUGCACCAAUCUUCCACGUGAAUGCAGAUGACAUUGAAGCCGUCAACUUCGUCUUCAACUUGGCUGCUGACUGGAGAGCUACUUUCCACUCCGAUGUCAUCAUUGAUGUCGUGGGCUACAGAAAGCACGGUCACAACGAGACUGAUCAACCUUCUUUCACCCAGCCAGAGAUGUACAAGAAGAUCGCCGAAAAGAAAUCCGUUCUUGAGUACUACAACAAGCAAUUGCUCGCCGAGGGUUCUUUUACCAAGGAAGAUAUCGAGGAGCACAGAAAGUGGGUCUGGAACAUCUUGGAGGACUCUUUCAAGAAGUCCAAGGAAUACGAGCCAACCUCGAGAGAAUGGUUGACCACCCCUUGGGAAGACUUCAAGUCUCCUAAGGAGUUGGCCACUGAAGUCUUGCCACACCUUCCAACCGCUGUUGAUUCUGAAAUCUUGAAGAAGAUUGGUACUGAGAUUUCUCAAGCACCAAAGGGUUUCGAAGUUCACAGAAACUUGAAGCGUAUUUUGAACAACAGAAAGAAGACCGUUGACAGUGGUGAGGGUAUCGACUGGGCCACUGGUGAGGCUUUGGCUUUUGGCUCUCUUUUAUUGGAGGGUUACCACGUCAGAGUUUCUGGUCAAGAUGUUGAGAGAGGUACCUUCUCUCAACGUCACUCUGUUUUGCAUGACCAAAACUCCGAGAGAGUUCACACCCCUUUGAAGCACUUGUCUGAAGAGCAAGGUGCCUUUGACAUCUCAAACUCUUCCUUAUCUGAGUAUGGUGUUAUGGGUUUCGAAUAUGGUUACUCUUUGUUCUCCCCAGACGCAUUGGUGCAAUGGGAGGCCCAAUUCGGUGACUUCGCCAACACCGCUCAAGUCAUUGUUGAUCAAUUCCUCUCCGCUGCUGAAUCCAAAUGGAAGCAGAGAUCUGGAAUGGUAUUGUCCUUGCCUCACGGUUAUGACGGACAAGGUCCAGAGCACUCCUCUGGAAGAAUCGAGAGAUACUUGCAGAUGUGUAACGAAGACCAACGUUUCUUCCCAUCCCCAGAAAAGCUUGAGAGACAACACCAGGACUGCAAUAUGCAAGUUGCUUACCCAACUACCCCAGCUAACUUGUUCCACUUGUUGCGUCGUCAAAUGCACAGACAGUUCAGAAAGCCUUUGGCUCUCUUCUUCUCUAAGCAGUUGUUGAGACACCCAUUGGCAAGAUCCGAAUUGGAUGACUUCACCGGUGAGUCGCACUUUCAAUGGAUUAUCGAGGACCAAGAAUUAGGCAAGUCCAUCCACAACAAGGAAGGCAUUGAGCGCGUUGUGUUCUGUAGUGGUCAAGUCUUCACUGCAUUGCACAAGAAGCGUGCUUCUAUCGAGGACAAGAGCACCGCUUUCAUCAAGAUUGAGCAAAUGCAUCCAUUCCCAUUCGCCCAGAUCCGUGACGCUUUAAACACCUACCCUAGCAUCAGGGAUAUGGUCUGGUGUCAAGAGGAGCCAUUGAACAUGGGUUCAUACUCGUUUGUUGCUCCACGUAUCGCCACGACGUUGGCUGAGACCGAAAAUUACAAGGACCUUACGUUGCGUUACGCUGGAAGAGAUCCUUCUGCGUCUGUCGCAGCUGGUUCUAAGUCCAUGCAUACUGCCGAGGAGGAGAAUUUCUUGAAGGAAGUGUUCCAAGAGAAUUAA